GAGGAGGGAAGGCGGAGACAUCGCAGUCGGAGCCGCGAUCGGGAUCGCGACGGGCGUCACAGACACAGGGAUGACGAGAGGCGGCACGAGAGGCCACGACGGACGGAUGAGAGGCGGAGGAGCCGCAGCCCUGAUCGCGAAAGGCGGCGACACCGUGACGGCGAUCGAGAUGAGGAUUCUUCUCGGCGACACAGACGAGACAGAGACCGCAGCCGCAGCCGCGACGGCGGCCGAGACAGGCAGCGGGAGAGGCGAGACCACCAGAGGAGCAGGAGCAGGAGUCGCGAGCACCACCGGCAACGACCAAGAGAGCAUCAACAAAGCUCGAAAGCGCGGGAUCAGUAA